CGGCCGCCGCAACUGAUGGUGUUCCGCAACGUGGGGCGGCCGCCGGAGGACGAGGACGCGGAGGCGGCGCCGGGCCCGGGACCCACGGAGCUGCUGUGUCCGCGGCACCGCUGCGCCCUGGACCCCAAGGCCCUGCCGCCGGGCUUGGCGCUCGAGCAGGCCUGGGGCCCGGCCGCGGGACUGGAGGCGCAGCUGGCGGCCCUGGGGCUCGGGCAGCCGGCGGGCCCGGGGGGCAAGGCAGCUGGCGGGGGCUGCUGCCCGUGCCCUUGCCCCGCGCAGCCGCCUGCUCCGCAGCCCCCGCCGCCGGCCGCCGCCCCGCAGGCCGGGGAGGACCCCACGGAGACGAGUGACGCGCUGCUGGUGCUGGAGGGCUUAGAGUCGGAGGCUGAGAGCCUGGAAACCAACAGCUGCUCGGAAGAGGAGCUCAGCAGCCCGGGCCGCGGAGGAGGAGGGGGCGGCCGGCUGGUGCUGCAGCCCUCGGGCCCCGAUCUGCCCCCAGCGCUCUUCCCGCUGCAGGACUUGGUCCCUUCGGGGCGGCCGAGCCGAGCCGAGCAGCAGCCGCCGCCGCCGCCCGCUGGGCCUCUCCGGCCCCUCGCGGGCCCCUCUCGGAAGGGCUCCUUCAAGAUCCGCCUCAGCCGCCUCUUCCGCACGAAGAGCUGCAACGGCGGCUCGGGCGGCGGGGACGGGACCGGCAAGAGGCCUUCUGGAGAGCUGGCCACCUCAGCCGCGAGCCUCACCGACGUGGGAUGCUCUGCGGGUCGGGAGGUGGACUCGGGGAGGAAACCCAGGUUGACAAGAACUCAAAGUGCCUUUUCUCCGGCCUCCUUCAGCCCCCUGUUCACAGGUGAAACAGUGUCGCUUGUGGACGUGGACAUUUCUCAGCGGGGCCUGAGCUCCCCACACCCUCCAACUCCCCCUCCUCCUCCGAGAAGAAGCCUCAGCCUCCUAGAUGAUAUCAGUGGGACGCUGCCUACAUCUGUCCUUGUGGCUCCGAUGGGGUCUUCCCUGCAGUCCUUCCCCCUUCCUCCGCCUCCUCCGCCCCAUGCCCCAGAUGCAUUUCCCCGGAUUGCUCCCAUCCGAGCCACCGAGUCCCUGCACAGCCAGCCCCCCCAGCACCUGCAGUGUCCCCUCGACCGGCCGGACUCGAGCAGCUUCACGGCCAGCCUUCGAGAGCUGGAGCAGUGUGGUUGGUAUUGGGGGCCAAUGAAUUGGGAGGAUGCAGAGAUGAAGCUGAAAGGGAAGCCGGAUGGUUCUUUCCUGGUGCGAGACAGCUCCGACCCUCGGUACAUCCUGAGCCUCAGUUUCCGGUCCCAGGGCAUCACUCACCACACUAGGAUGGAGCACUACCGAGGAACCUUUAGCCUGUGGUGCCAUCCCAAGUUUGAGGAUCGCUGUCAGUCCGUGGUGGAGUUCAUCAAGAGAGCCAUCAUGCACUCCAAGAACGGGAAGUUCCUCUACUUCCUGAGAUCCAGGGUUCCAGGGCUGCCUCCCACGCCAGUUCAGCUGCUCUACCCCGUGUCCCGAUUCAGCAAUGUCAAGUCCCUCCAGCACCUUUGCCGAUUCCGGAUCCGACAGCUCGUGCGGAUAGAUCACAUCCCGGAUCUCCCAUUGCCUAAACCUCUGAUCUCUUAUAUCCGAAAGUUCUACUACUAUGAUCCUCAGGAAGAGGUAUACCUUUCGCUAAAGGAAGCGCAGCUCAUUUCCAGACAGAAGCAGGAGGUGGAACCCUCCACGUAGCGAGGUCCCUGCCAGUGACCACCAAGGGCAUUUGGUUGUCAAGCUCCAGUCUGAAGAGCCCAGUGAAGUUAGUGUGAAGAGGAGGAGGAGGAGGAGAAGAGGGAACAGAAGGGUUGAGAUUCCCUCCGCGAGGACGUUGGUCCUGCAGCCUGGGGCUUGGGAGAUGCACACGGCCAGUCUCAGCCUCGACUCCCCUCCCCUCCCUCCGUGUGCGUGUGCGGUGUGCGGUGUGCAGCUCCAGUCACACCCAGCCUGAGGUGCCAGACGAGAGGGCUCCUGGGAAACUGGAAGAAGUCUCGACACUGUUUCUUUUCAGAAGUUUUGUUUUUGAUCUUUACGUUUCUCAGUAUGGAAAACUCAUGUCGGAGGCAGCCGGGCUGUGUGCCUGGCGGAUGGAAAUGUGAAGGGCCAGGCUGAGAUGGGUCUCGGGAAGGGCAGAGCAGGACCGGAAGUUCCUAGGGCAGGAGACUCCCUGCUUCUCGGCACCAGUGUCAGCACCGGGGGAAGGAGCAAGGGACACCCUGUUCCUCUCCUUCGAGGCUUCGGAACCUAAUUUGAGAAUCACCUUUUUCGGAAGCUGUGUUACUUCAUUUUACUUAAUUCCGUAGGUUCUGGAGCCUGAAGCCAGCUGUUCUCCCUCCACCCUGUGGCUGUCCCCCUUCCCCCUUGAGAUGCCGAAUGUAGUGGUCCUCUGCCGGCUCGGUGCUUCCUCCUCCCCUGAGCUGCCACCGGUGGGCUCCUGUCUUGCUCCCAGGUUCCCCAUGGCAAACCAUCGCCUGGCUUCAGAGCCACCAUCCCCUCCAGUGUCUGCCAGCCAGAGAGCGGGAGGGCAGGGAAGGGGCAAGGCCGAGCUCUGCCCUUCCUGGGGCAGCCUGGAGAGUCCCAGCCUCAUGGGGUGCCCGAGUCCGUCAAGGAGCACAGCCCAUCUCGUGUCUCUGGGGUUCUCCCCGUUGACCCUCUCCUCAGAUGGGAGAUGGCAUGGGCUACGUCCUUCCCCUGUGUUCCCAAACCAUCCCGCUGCCUUCGGCCCAGAGUCUGGUAGAUGCCCUGUGAGGGUGAUGAAAGGGGAAGAGCGAGCUGCUUCACGGCCAGCACGGUGACAUUGGAGUGUGGUGUGAGGGCUGCUGGGAGGCACGAGGCCCAGGCGUCUCCUGCGUGGUACUCUGAGGCUGCCUUGCCGGGCUCCCGAAGCUCACAUCUGCCUCAUCUCACGGGAGCAGGAAGCACUGGCCCUGGCCCCACACCCUUCGCCGGCGCUCCUGACCUUGUGACCCGGCUGUAAAGAACCAGCCUAUGGAUGAGCUUUGCGGCCCGGAACCCACUGCCUGUGGGACUUGGCCCUCCUUGGCUUGGGCCAGCAUUGCCAGCUGAGUGAGGUGGUGACCCCAGAGAGGUCCCUUGCCAUCUAUAGAAAGUGCAUCCCACUGUAGAGCUGCAAGUCUGGAAUCUUGAGGGCCCCGAGUGGCCAACAGGCAACCAUCUGGGAUCCCCAUUUCCGCCACCCAUAAGUUUAGAAGUACUGCGAGUGUGUGGCUCUGGACUAGGCACUGUGGGAAACACAGGCAGAAGACAAGAUCUCUGGCCCGAGGGAACCUUCUGGCGACUGCCAUGAGUGAAGUCACUGGAGACCACUUGUGGCAGAGAAGCGAGGACUGGAGGAUGCUGAGAAGUGGGUGAGAUCAGACCAGAUGGUCUGGAAGCUCUGGCGAUGAGGCGCAGUGUGGGCAGGGCAGCUUGCUGAGGCUGAGAAGGGAACGGGAGCCCGAGCCAUGAAGCAGAGUCCGAAGCGCCUCCCGCACAGCCCCUUACAGCAGCAUCUUGGGGUCCAGACUGAAGCCGGUCACCGGGCAGGUCGGAAGCAGGUGGUGCCUCACCCAGGCCCUGGCUGUUUGCUCUCCUCACUCAGUCCCCCGCUCCCCUGUGAGCCUGGGCUUCUCCCGGAGAAUCCACACACUCAGGAACAAAACCAGACUGGGCAGAGGUGUGGCCAAGCCUCCAGGCACCUGCUUCAUCCCCCAGGAGAAAGUGCUGAACUUCAGCUGUCUGAGCCUUCCUCAGCAGAAGGGCUGCAGUUGGCCCUGUGCGGGUGGCAAGGGUGGAGUGUGGGCGGGAGGGGGCGGGCUGCUGUGCAGAGGGACCCCUUUAGUCCUGGCUGCUGCAGUAGUCACCACUGGGGAGGGUCCUCCCUCCUAGUGACCGCUGUGGGUGUGACCUGCAGUGGCCCCCAGGAUGUGUGCUAGUGACAACUACUGCUACAACCUGCUGUUACUUGAAACGUGCCGAGUCAAGUCGGGCACAGGAGGAGGGCGGAGCUUCGAUGUGGGGCCUGUAAGUGGGUGAUGACGUCUGGCCUUUAGAGGAGUUGGGGGCCGCUGGUGACCACACCCUGGUCUCCGUCUGCGUGGAGGCGAAGUGAAUGUCCCAGCCUGGAGCAGGAGCUGCCUCUGUGACCCCUGCUCCUUCCUGUGUGGCGUGGGGAGGAGGGGUGGCCCAGGCUGGGUGUGGGACGCUUCGGGAGCCAGAAGUGCCUCGGUGAGGGAGCUCCCUAGCCCUUCUGCGCCCCAGAGCCAGGGCACAGGGCACCCGCCAGGCUGUGGUCCCGUGGCUGCUGCAUGUCGUCCCCAUCGGCAGACGUCCUGCUGCCAGUCGGGGAGCCCAGGGGAGCCUAGUUUGUCCCCAGAGCUGAGAGCACCGCGCCCCUGUGUGAAGGGGAGGGCUUUGAGUUAGACAUUUUCCCUAUGGGAAUCCUCGGGGUUGGGUUUGUGGGGAGGGGAAUGGGUAAGUGGUUUUGAUCUCUGAUUGUCCACGCAGCUGUUCUCACACUGAGUUGUGCUAUUGCAUACAUGUAGCCAUCUUUGUUUUCACUGCAGCAGUGUUUAUCAGUAGUUCAAAUGAUUUAUUUGCUCCUGGGGAGUAAAACCUUUUUUAUUAAAAAAAAAAAGAAAAAAAAAAGAAGUGUCCCCAUUAUGAUAGCUGUAGGAUUAUGGGGCCACAAGGUCCAGUCCACAAGUCCCCAUGGUAAGUCUUGCUUGGACACUGGAGCCUUCAUGGCCAGCACAAAGUGAGGGGAGGCUGAGGGCCCGAGGCACAGAGAUGGCACUGGGGGCUCCAGUGCCACAGUGACAAGACAGGAAUGGGCUGCAUUUAAAAUACUGAUUUCUCGGGCUGGGGACUUUGCUCGCUGGCACCAUGUCUGCCUUGCAAGUGCAAGGUCAUGAGUUCGAUCCCCAGUACCAAAAAAAAUACUGAUUUGUCUGCCAGAGAAAAACUUAAUUUCCCUGCAGAUCCCACGUCGCAUUUGUCCUUUUCCUUGCUUCUUGGGCUCCCUGGCAGGUGUCACCUGGUUUCUUCUGCCUCCCUCCCUGUCCCAUCUGCACUGCCCCCCCCCACCGCAUCUACCUCCCGGAAGCCAGUCCUGCAUGCUGAGUGCCCUGCCUCCCCCAUUUAUCUCAGCAGGGCUCGGGGGUGGGGGGCCUGGAUCUGCCCCCCCCGCCCCAGCCAAGAGGCACUAGGCAGGCAGGCAGGCGUGAACAUGAGGUUGCAGCUGGACUGCGAUCGAGGUUGCCCCUGGAGGUGGCGUAAGCACGGAGGCUGCUCACACUGAGCUGUAGCCCCACUCCCUACUGGCUCUGGCGCAGUGGGCAGGCCAGGCUGGGGACUCAUCUGUCCCUGGUGCUCCCUUAAGGGACAAGAAGGGCCAAGGCACCACUGCUGCUGUACAUUGUGGUUGGUAAAGACCCGGAGGAAGAGGGGCGGUGGCCUGGCCCAGGCGGGCGCCAGAAGCGAAGCCACUACUGCAACCGCUGCGACCUCCUCAGCACCCCCGUCCCUCAAGCCAAAGCGUGGCCUGGCUUUUGUCUUCCCAUUCAGUUGUCCUUUUUCUCUCCCCUUUUAUGCUUAAUUUAUUAAAAUACUUGCUGUAUAAUUUAUUUUCAUAAACUAUAAGAAAUGACUAAAUGGUUAAAAUAGACUUACAGGCCAAUCUUAAAUGAGGUAGGAAGGUCUGAGGGCGGGAGGGAGAGGGAAAGAUGUUUUGAUAUAAGACAAAUGCACUUUGGGUGUGUUUCGGUAUUUUUCUGGGGUAGAGGGAACUGGGGAUCCCUGUAGAUUAGUCCCAGAGCGGGCUGUCUGUACAUACCGUAUCCAUAAGCAUGUUGGUUAGUAACUGCUGCAGGUCCUGUUUGGAAACCCCAUGUACAAUUCCCGGUUUUUGUAAGUGUCAGUGCAGGAGACAUUUGACUCUUGUGUUUGUAUCUCCUUUUUAGGGUUGCUGUACCAACCCAUGUCUUUUGGGGGAGGGGUGAAAAAAGAUUUGAAAUAAAAAUGUUUAGAAAUUA